CUGACUAGGCAUCCUGUCCAGAGGUACCCUGAGUACAAGUGUUGGGGGCUCCGCCUUGGCUCCUUGGAGGUGGAGACAUCACUUACUGUCUGAAUGUAAGCUCAGCGAUCUGCCCCUGGGUGGAGUGAGGAAGGAGAGCCCUCCCCCCUCCAGUUCCCCUCCCCUUUCAGACCAGGAUAUAAGCCCCACAUGGAACGCACUGAGCUGAGGAGGCCGCAGCCCCACCUGCAGAAGUCCAGCCCUUCGGACUCCUCUGGCCUUCCAUCUCCUGACCACUCUGCCUCUGGAGCUGUCGCUAUGAUGGCGGGGCGCAGAUCGCGGCCUGCCAUGGCCACAGUGCUACUGACCCUGCUCGUCUGCCUGGGGGAGCUGGUCGACGCCUACCCCGCCAAACCCCAAGCUCCGGGAGAGCACGCCUCGCCAGAUGAGCUGAACCGCUACUACACCUCGCUGCGCCACUACCUCAACCUGGUCACUCGGCAACGGUUUGGGAAACGAGACUUCUCAGAAGCUCUUCUGUCUAUACUGCUCUUUCCAGAUCGCGAGGACCCGCCGGUCAAGUCGCGGCCAGAAGGAGCCUACCUGUGGUGAAGACCCCGACGGCCUCGAGAGAGAGACAUGUGCUAAGACACCAACCCCAUUUCCAUGUUUGCUCCUGACCCCGGAGCCUGGAUUCCUCUCAGGGCUUGCUGGCUCUGAAGUCCUUAUUUGGGGUCCUUCUUUCCAUUUCUCCCCGUCCCCGCCCCUGGG